AUGAAAGGCACUGGCAAUGACUUAAAUGGUAAUGUUAAUUUUGGUUGUUGUAAUGAUGGUCAUGGUCUUGAUGGUGGUGGUUAUUCGAUGGUCUGUGGUACUGGAAGCGAUCUGAACGUUAUUGGUAAAAAUGGUUGUGGUAAAGAUGAUGGUAGUGAUUGCGUAAUAACAAAUGGUGCCGGUAAUGAUUGUAAUGAAAGUGGUGGUUUUAAUGAUUUUAAAAAAGUAGGUAAUAACAAUGUAAUGAAAGGUGGUGCUGUUGGUAGAAAUAUUGGUGGAAUCAAAAAUGAUCGUACUAAUAAUAACUUUUGUGUGGUUAAAAUAAAAUUGGGUUUACUAAAUAUAAGAUCGAUUGGCUCAAAGUACAACAUCAUUUAUGAUUUGAUCAGUGAUGGUUUGGAUAUUUUUGUUGUUACUGAAUCAUGGCAUGGUUCAUCAGAAAAUCCCUCCAUUGCGUUAUCUACUCCUCCCGGUUACCGCUUUGUAGAUUGUGUAAGAGAUCACGACCCUCUCCAUGGCGGAUUGAUAAUAUUUUUUCGUCUAUGUUUAAAAUGUAAAAAAAUAGCAUUACCUACAGUUACCACAUUUGAAGUUUUGGCGGUCAGGUUCACAGUUAAUAGUCAGGAGUUUAUUUUGCUCGCUAUUUACAGACCGGGUUCUGCACAGCUGUCCGGAUUAUUUUUUAAAGAACUGAUUUCUAUUCUGGAAAACAUUACAGUACUCAGUUCUUGA